AUGGACCCAAUUUCCGCAGUCGGCAGCAUCAUCUCUGUCCUGAGCUUCGCGGGAUCAUUCUUCAAUGCAAGGCGAGUCUUCCGCGGCUCUGGUCCAGUACUGCUAGACUCAAGCCAGCUGACAAAAUGGGAGCCUCCUCUACUUGUGAAGCUGUUUGCGCCUCAGCUAGUUCCGCAACUGAAGUCACUCUAUGAAGUCGUGCUCUCUGGCUCGAACGAUGUUCUCGACUGCUUCCGGAGCUCUUACUGCUUUGAUUGCAACAUGGUUGCUGUCGCUGGCGCCAUCAUCGCGCAAAUUGCAAUGACUUCCUUGACACUCCCCUUUCUCAGCCAAACCCAUUGGGUCUCCCGCGCCUUCUUCAUAACCAGCGUUGUCUCUGGCUGUUUGGCUGUAUAUUUUGCCGUGAUGACGCAAAAAACCGUGGCAAUGCUUUACACUGCGCGGGAAACCCGCGCCUGGCUUGCAGGUCCAUUGCCGGACGAAAUUCUGCGUGCAGUCCACCAAUCUGAGUCUAUGCUGGAUCGGAACCCAUCGACAGAGCUAGAGCAGGUUUUCACGGAGCCCGAACAGGUGGAGAAUGUCAGGCGUAUGCUGACGACGAGGAAUCCGUCCGUGUACGCAGUGUUGGUAAUGGGGAUUCCGGCUUUUAUGCUGAACCUGUCAUUGGGUACACUCCUUGUUGGACUGGGUGUGUAUCUUGGCUUUAUCUGGACGCGACAUCUCGAUACACAAAGUGGUCCGAAUGAUUCAAGAAACGUAUUCGUCUUUUACAUUGUGGGCAUCUUCACUAUGAUUGCGACAUAUUUCAUUCCAAAUGCACUGAAGGAUCGCGAGACGGAGCAGCAGGGGGUUCGCAAACGGAUCUUGCAGAAGUUGGAGAAAGUUGAGAAUGGCCAUCAAAAUAUUCCAGGGCUUGACAGACAAGAAGUACUAAAUGAGCAUAAUCAGCGCUUAACGCAUGCAUUAGAGGCGUCAGUUCGAUCACAAGAGGCGUUACUGAACACGGUCCAGGAUCUCCUCAGACAUCUCGAUAUGUCAAACAAUCAGCAAAACGAGAGGAACUAA